GGGGGGGGGGGAAGGCCCGGGAGCGCGGAGGUGACGAGGCAGAGUCCCGGGGAAGAGUCGUUGGCUGGACCUUGCUGGUGAAUUAGAUGCCUAGCUGUGGCUAUGGCAACCAGCCUGGAUGCAGAUAUUGUUCGGGAGGUAUUGGAAUGCCCCAUCUGCAUGGAGACCUUCAACCAGACUGUAAUAAGACCGAAACUCCUGCAGUGUGGACACACCAUCUGCAAGCAGUGCCUGGAAAAGCUGAUCGCAGACAGCAUAAAUGGAGUGCGUUGCCCCUUCUGCAGUAAGAUAACAAGGAUGAACAAUUUGUCCCAAUUGUCGGACAAUCUGACGGUUUUAAAGAUCAUUGACUCAGCCAGUCUGAGCGAGGCGAUGUGUAUGGUCAUGUGCAAGGUCUGCCGGAAGAGGCUGCCUCGCAACUUCUGCCAGAAGUGCAGCCUGGUCCUCUGCGAGAGCUGCAGAAACGACCUCCACCAAGCACAAGGGCACGCAGUCGUCACGAUCCGGGCCGCGGCCGAGCAGCGGCGGAAGGAGGUCGGGACCAAACUCGCCAAGCUGCGGGAAAUGCUGGCGGACCUGGACCGCAAGAAGGCAGCGGUGGACGCCGUCGCGAAAAGCAUGCAGGCGAAGUACAAAGCGGUCCACCAGGAUUACUCCCGGGCCGAGAGGAGGGUGCAGGAAGAGCUGGCCAAAUCUCGCCGGGCUUUCACCUCGGCUGUGUCAGAAGUGGAGAGGAUGAACAGUCAGGUGUUGGAGGAGCACGCCUACCUGAUCAACAUUGCAGAGGUGCAGAUCGUCUCGAGGUGCGACUACCUCAGCACCAAAAUCAAACAGGCAGACACUGCGCUUCUUGAAGAAGACAUCGACGAAGAAGAUCCUGACCUGACCAACAACCUGCCUGCCCAGUUGACGCUGCAGCAAAUUGAACUGGUUAAGAGGGAUCACCUGGAUCCCAUCGAGGUCGGUCAGCUUGAAACGCGGCCUUACACUGUCGCCAUUGAAGAAACGCUCAUGGAGACGUUCACGCCCUCUGAGCCGACGCAAGAGGCAGACUCAUCCAAAGAAACGGCCAGCUUCCCAACUCCGGCUUCUCCCCCCAAAAAUAGGGCGCCUGAGAGUGUGGCCUCCGGGCCUCCAAGCUGUCAGCUCUUGAAGAAGAUCGGUUCGCACGGCAACUUGCCGGGGAUGUUUCACCUCCCAGUGAGCCUGUGUGUGACAGCGCAAGGGGAAGUGCUGGUGGCAGAUCGGGGCAACUUCCGGGUGCAGCUCUUCAACAGGAAAGGCUUCAUGAAGGAGAUUCGGAGAAGCCCAAACAGUAUCGAUAACUUUGUCCUGAGUUUUCUUGGUGCUGAGCUCCCUAACCUGAUACCGCUUUCUGUGGCUGUGAACAGCAGCGGCUUAAUAGGCAUCACUGAUAACUAUGACAACUCUGUCAAGAUUUACACGACUGGGGGACAAUGUGUAGCCUGUCACAGGAACCAGUUGACGAAGCCCUGGGGUAUUGCAGCAAUGCCCUCCGGACAGUUUGUGGUGACAGAUGUGGAAGGCGGGAAGCUGUGGUGCCUCACGGUGGACCGUAACGUUGGCGUUGUGAACUACUCCCGGCUGUGCAGCGCCGUUAGGCCGAAGUUUGUGACCUGUGAUGCCAACGGCAGCAUCUACUUCACCCAGGGCCUGGGCCUGAACUUGGAGAACAGCCAGAACGAGCAUCACUUGGAGGGCGGCUUCUCCAUUGGCUCCGUCAGCUCAGAGGGGCAGCUCAGCCGACAGUACAGCCACUUCUUUGCUGAAAAUGAAGACUUCCGUUGCAUCGCGGGGAUGUGCGUCGACGCGGGUGGGAACCUCAUUGUUGCUGACAGUGGACGCAAGGAGAUCCUUCUCUUUCCCAAGGAGGGUGGGUUUGUCAGUCUGUUGCGGGAAGGCCUGGUAUGUCCAGUUGGUGUGGCCGUGUCAGCGAAGGGUCAGCUGCUGGUGUUGGAUUGCUGGGAUCACUGCAUUAAAAUCUACAGCUAUCAUACAAGGCGGCAGAUAGUAAACUGAUCUUCAAAUGGCAAGCCUGCACUCCUCUCCAAUCAGUGAGCUCAUUCCCAUCAGCAGAACAAUCAACCUCUUUAGAUUUGGUCUCCCUGUGAAAUGUUGCAGAUUUCACUGUGGAUAAUAGUAACUAAUUAAGAUCUGACCAUGAAGUUAACUCUUCUGCAUGCUGGAAAGCCUAUAAAAUAGAUCACUCUGGUGGGUGUAUCAUGGUACACGGUCAGAUCAUUUGAUUUGCAGUUUGUAAACAGUGUUUCAGUUACCUUGCUUCACAGAGAGUGCCACUUUAAUAAAGCAUUUUAGAAAAUAAAAUUGUUGGGAUUUUUUGCCACAUUCUGGAACAAUAAUUAUAAUUUCAAAAGAAAAAUGGUAGCAAAAUAUUUUCUAUCCCAUCCCUUGAGUAUCCAAAUGAAUUGAAAGUGGUUCUGUUGGGCAGUCGCCAGAUUUGAGGCUGUCACUUUGGUGUAUGUUUACGUGAGGUUUUGUAAUUUUUGUUGAGAAAUGAUAAGGAAAGUGGAGUUUGUUUUAAAUAAAACAUUUCCUCUCACAAGCCUACCUUUGCGUAUCUACUAUAAAGUGACACUGGUAAACUGAUGCUGGACAGAAGUACUCAACAGUCAUGCAAGUGAAGUGUUUUUAAAAUUUUGAUUCAAAAUGCCAUGUUGCUGCAUGUCACUGAAAUGAAAAUACGUUUUGUUUGUGUUAUCUUUAAAUGGAAGAUUUGCGCUCUUGCUAAUGCAUUUGUUAAUUAUUGCUUCCCUUGGAACUGAAGAAAACUUCUCUGGUGAAAUAACUGCAGCAGUUUUCCUUCUGGCCAUUGGCUGGUGCUGCAAUGAAACGCUGACUUGACAGAAAUUUUCCACUUUGUGGUUCAUUAAACAACUCCUGACUCUGACAUUAUUAAUUCGGGCAUUGGCAUGAGGUGGCUAAGUUAGAUUCUUGUCAGAUUUGUGUUUAUUUUAAUCAUUUCUGUUUAAUCAAGUUCUGGGAUCACAUUGUUAAGUCAUAGAGCUAUACAGCACAGAAACAGGCCCUUCAGCCCAACUCAUACAUGCCAACCAAGAUGCUUAACUGAGCUCGUCCCACUUACCUGCUUUUGGCCCGUAUCUGUUAACUGUUUAAACCUUUUCUGUACAUGCAGCUGUCCAAAUGCCUUUUAAAUGUAAAUUGUAUCCGUCUCUACCACUGCAGCUCAUCUGUGUACUCAACAUCCUCUUAUGUGGGGAAAAUAGUGUUAAAUUAUGCUGUAUAACACACCCUCAGGACUGCACAGAUCUGCCAAACUAGGCUCUGUGCUCCCAUUUCGGAGGAAGGCUUGAAUAUAACCUUCUGACGACACAUUUAUUCUCCAGUUACUUCUUUUGACCUAAAAGAUAGCAGCCUUGCGUCCAACCAGUUCAAGGUUCUGUGAUCACCAAUUCCACCUUUUCCUUUACUCUAGGCAUUAGUUACUAUGCAAACAUCGUAUGAGAGAGAGAUGUACACUAGGGUAUUGUGGUCCCUGAAUCUGAAUGUUCUGAAAUUAAAUCCCAAUACAAAAACUUGAGCAUGAAAAUAUAUUUCUAAAUUGUAUUGGAAGAAACGUUUAAAAAAUGUUCCAUCUUCUCAAAUAGAAUUGCAACUUCUUAUGUCAGCAGUUUGGAAAGAAAGCAAUGUAUUCCUCACCAAUGCUGAUCCCUCAAUCAACAUUUACAAAACAACUGAUCUUAAUCACAUUAAUGUGGGAGCUUGCUGUGAGCUGUGUGGUUGCUAUGAUUACAACAGUAACUACGCUUCAUUGGUUGUAAAGCUCAGUGAUGAGGUCAUGAAAGGUGCGAUAAUAAAUUAGUCCUUUUUUCAUGUAUUUGAAAAAUAAAAUGCAAAAUUUGGAUGAAGUCUCCCUUGGCUUCAUGGGCCAAUGGCUAACAGUCAUCAUACACAAGCUGUGCUGGCUCAGAUGUUAUGACUUUUUUGGUGAGAAUAAGUUGAUAAUGUUUUCUUUUAAAAGACUAGAACAAUAAUGGAACAGAAAUGUCAAUGAGACUUGAACAUUUUGAGUUAGAAGUUGAUGAGUUCACACACACUUUAACAAACAUAAACUAGGGUGACCUUUCAGUUGAUGAUUGAGCGACUGGUUCCCUAUCAAGUUUUUAUUAUUUAGUUUGGAUGUUGAAUCAAGGUUAUGGCUGCCCUCUUGGUUCAACUGAUCAAUACAAGGUUCCAGGAUGCAACUUGAAGAGCAAGAGUUUGUCCCACCUGAUAAUUAACACUCAGCCAGCAUCACUGAUUGAGAUUAUCUUGUUACUUCCCUUAUUUUAUCCUUGUGACACCUUGUAGGGUGCUAAUUGGCUGUUGGGUUUACUUGCAUUACAACUGUGCAUGUACUUAAUUGCCUGUAAAGCACUUUUGGAUGUUUUGAAGUUGUGAAACACACAAUAAAAGUGCAAGUAUCU